AUGAAAAGAAGCAAUGUUACAAAGCUUUGGGAUGGAGUGCAGGUUCUUGAGAAUCUAAGGACAAUAAAUUUGUUUCAAUCCGUUAAAUUGAUGGAAUUGCCUGAUUUUUCUAUGGCACGUAAGCUUGAAAAUGUAGAUCUCACUGGUUGUACAAGUUUGAGGAGUGUUCAUCCAUCCAUUUUAUCUCUCCACAGUCUUGUUAAAUUGCAUGUAAGUGAUUGCCAUGAAUUAGAGAGUCUUGAAAGUGAGACUCAUUUAGAAUCUCUCUUCAAUCUCAGAGCUAACUUUUGUGGCCUCAAGAAAUUAUGUUUGUCAUCAAAUAAAUUGGAAAGCAUACGUCUUCUAGGGACUAAACUUGAAAUAUUGGAUUUGCCAAUCGGACGUUUCACAAAGCUUAGACGUCUUUCUAUUUGGGACGGUGAAAGAUUGAGGAGUCUUCCAAUAAAGGAGCUGUGUUGCUUGACAAAUCUUGAGGUGUUUGGGCUUGAUGAUUUCGAGCAAGAAAUUCACACAGAGGAGCUGCGCUCCCUUUUUGAUGCUUGGCGUAACUUAACAGGACUAGCUUUGGAUGGGUGCAGUUACUUGUCGGAAAUCCCUGGCAAUAUCAAGUGCUUAACAAGGUUAGAAUAUUUAUCAUUGGCAUUUAGUGGUGUAGAGACAUUGCCAGCCUGCGUCAGCCAUCUUUCAAGCUUGACAUCCAUUGACCUACAUGGCUGCGAAAGGCUUAAGUCGAUACUUGGACUUCCUCCCAUGCUUAAAAGAUUAAAUGCCAACUAUUGCCCUUUAUUGGAGACUGUAUCCUCUGACUCUCUAGUUUUCAAUCGGUGUUUGUUUGAAUUCGAAAAUUGUGUAAAGUUGGAUGAGUGUUCGCUUGGCUUUAUUGAGGAAUUAACUCAUUUCUCACUGACUUCAGAUUUCUCAUCUUAUGAGGAUGAAUUUUUUCUACAUGAUUUUGCUCGUUACCCGGGAAACAGAGUUCCAAAAUCACUGGAACAGCUCCCUCCCGUCACCUGUUAUAUCACUUUUGAUGAUAUUGUGACCAAAUCCAGCACUGGUUAUGAACUUCUUGAAGAAUUAGAUUCAGACCAUGUUUUUAUGUGGAGCAUGGGGAGGGUCCCAUCUGGUGCUAGAACAGGUGAUGAUGUUAAGAUUUCAUGUGAAUUCUUUCUGGAACAAUUGGAUUCAGAGACGGGAGUUUGUUACUCCGAAGUCCCUGCUGAAGCAUGUGGAGUACACGUAACAUAUCGCUCGGAGUCGGAGCCUGGGUCGGCUCCAGGGAUGAGUACAUUGGACGCAGCCAGAGCAGAACUUAGUCUUUUGACUUUAUAUUUGAACAAGGUUGAAGCCAGGGUGAAAAUACGUAGUGCAAACGGUGCUUCCUACCUCAAGCUUGCAGGAGAGCUUUUUGCUGAUCAACGAGGUGUCUUUGACAUGUCCAUUAUAUCGAAGCAGAGCGAAGUGCUGGCGUCUCGUUCAUCGGUGUUUGAAGCAAAGUGGAGGUCGUCCUGGUGUUUGAAGCGAAGUGGAGCUCGUCCUGGUGGCUCUAUUGAUCGGCAUUUGAAGCGAAGUGGAGGUCGUCGUUGUGGCUCUGUUCAUCUGCAUUUGAAGCAAAGUCGAGCUUGUCGUGGUGGCUCCGUUGAUCGGCAUCAGAAGCGAAGUGAAGGUCGUCGUGUGGCUGCGGUCAUUUGCGUUUCAAGCGAAGAGGAGUCGUCUGGUGGCUCCGUUGAUCGGCAUCUGAAGCAGAGCUCCUAUCUCACAAUUUGUUUUCGCAGACAGAGGCAUUGUCGACACUGA